UUUGUGUUUCCACGUGAAGCGGUUUUUCAAGAUGUCGCCGUUCAAGCGAAAACGUGCAGGAGGUAGCAGGGGCACAAAUGCUUCUAAAAAAGUAAGAUUUAUAGGAAGUGUAAAUGAAAAUACGUCUGAGGAUGAACAAAAGCAGGAAAAUGAGUGCAGCAUCCCGGCACCGGUUUCAAAGGGAAAAUGGAAAAACAAAGAGAGGGUGCUUGUGUUCUCUUCCCGAGGUAUCAAUUUCCGAACCCGGCACCUCAUGCAGGACCUAAGGACCAUGAUGCCUCAUUCCAAAGCAGAUUCAAAAAUGGAUCGAAAAGAUAAACUUUUUGUCAUAAAUGAGGUAUGUGAGAUUAAAAACUGCAAUAAGUGCAUAUUUUUUGAAGCAAAAAAGAAAGAAGACCUAUACAUGUGGAUUUCUAAUGUCCCCCAUGGACCUUCAGCAAAGUUUUUGGUUCAGAAUGUUCAUACACUGGCUGAACUGAAGAUGACGGGAAACUGUCUGAAAGGGUCAAGACCGCUGCUUUCGUUUGACCCCAAAUUUGACAAGGAGCCCCACUAUGCAUUAUUGAAGGAGCUUUUCAUUCAGAUCUUUUCCACGCCUCAGUAUCACCCUAAGAGCCAGCCUUUUGUGGACCACAUAUUCACAUUCACGAUAGCGGACAACAGGAUAUGGUUCAGGAAUUACCAGAUCAUUGAAGAAGAUGCAGCUCUGGUGGAGAUUGGGCCUCGUUUCGUCCUCAACCUCAUCAAACUAUUCCAGGGCAGUUUUGGUGGGCCCACACUCUAUGAAAACCCUCACUUUCAGUCUCCUAAUAUGCACCGUCGCUUGAUUCGACUGGCCACAGCUGGUAAGUUGCGGGAAAAGCAGAUGGUGAAAGAACUGCAGAAGGUGAGGAGGUUAGAAGAAAAACAGCCGGUGACCAGGGAUGUCACAGAUGAGGUUUUUGCGACACCUGCUGAGGAGAAGCCUGAUGAAAUUGAGCUAGAGGCCCCUCCACCAAAAUCAGCGAAGAAGAAGGAGUUCAAAAGGAAAAGGAUGCAGAGGCUCAGGAUGCGGUGAACUGUUGUCUCUAAUGUACAGCUUUUGGAGAACAGAUCUUUACAUAAAAAAGAUUGCUGGGCGCAAUGCAUGAUGGUCAUUUCACCUAUCCCUGGUACUUUACAUCAUGUUUAAGCUAAAUAAUGUGCUUUCCUGAAAAGAAUAGAGGGUAAAACCAUGUGUGUUCAGCUGCUGUCAUGCCCAGUAUCGGCAAAGUUCAGUCUUUCUACACAGAAAAGUUUUGUCCCUUGCAAAAAUCUUUUAAAAUAAAUUUUAAUUGAA